GUGGCUCCAUGGAUAGGAAAAGUGAAUAGAAAAUCCCGACUGCCUUUUGAAGUCUGAUAGGUCCAAAGUGGAGGUCUAAUCUCGUACAAUCUCUUCUCCGCCUUCUUUCUCUAUAAUUGGGCGUAAUAUUAUACACCAUUGGUUCCUUCAUCGAUCCUCACAUGGAACAGCGCCACGUCAAAACGUCUGAUCCAUGGAAUGACGUUUUUUCUAGUAUAAAGCACCACGGAUAGAGUGAUAGAGAUCCAUUUUUGUCCAGUCCUAUAGAAAAUUUCCUUUGUAAUGGAAGUCUGGUUCAUCUUCUUCGCGUCUCUCUGCGUCUGUUUCUCUCUGAAAUCCCUCUUGAAUCUCCUCUCACACAACAAACACAAGCCCAAAGAUCUGCCACCAGGACCCUUUUCUCUUCCCAUAAUCGGCAACUUGUUUUGGUUCCGCAAAUCCUUCUUUGAUCUCGAACCCCUACUCCGAAACCUCCGCACUAAGUACGGCCCCAUCCUCAAGCUUCAAAUCGGCUCUCGUCGACUCAUCUUCAUCACCAACCACCAACUCGCCCACAAAGCUCUGAUCCAACAUGGUGCCACCUUCGCUGAUCGCCCACCACCUCUGCCCAUGACCCGCAUCUUCUCUAGCGAUCAACACAACAUCAGCUCCGCCGCGUACGGCCCACUCUGGCGUCUCCUCCGCCGAAACAUCACAUCCGAGAUCCUCCAUCCUUCCCGGGUGAAGUCCUACGGCCAUGCCCGCAAAUGGGUCUUGCAGAUAUUAAUCAACAAGCUUAGACAAGAAGCUGAAUCCGGUGAACCAGUUAGGGUGGUGGAUCACCUCCGGUAUGUGAUGUUCUGUUUGUUAGUCUUCAUGUGCUUUGGAGAUAAACUCGACGAGAAGGUUGUCAGAGACAUUGAGAACGUUGAGCGAAAGAUCCUGCUUGGCUUUCGUCGAUAUAAUAUACUCUCUUUGAUGCCAAGACUGGGAAAGAUAUUGUUUCGAAAGCGGUGGAACGAGGUAUAUGAGUUGCAUCGUAGUCGGGAAAGUGUUAUUGCUCCUCUCGUAAGAGCCCGGCAAGAGAGAGGGAAGGAGGAGACAGUCGUCUGUUAUGCAGACACGCUACUCGACCUUCGACUCCCCGAUGGAGGAAGGAAGCUCACGACGGGGGAGAUGGUGAGCUUGUGCUCGGAGUUCCUGAACGGUGGCACUGACACGACAGCCACGGCGUUGCAGUGGAUCAUGGCGAACCUGGUAAAAUAUCCAAACAUCCAAGCAAAGCUGUUGUCCGAGAUCGAACGGGUGGUGGGGUGUGGCGAAGAGAUCAAAGAGGAGGAUCUACAGAAGAUGCCGUAUCUGAAGGCGGUGGUGUUGGAGGGUCUGAGAAGACACCCGCCGGGACAUUUCGUGCUGCCACACGCAGUGACGGAGGAUACCAAGAUAGAUGGGUAUGUGGUACCAAAGAAGGCUAUAGUGAAUUUCAUGGUAGCAGAGAUGGGGCGGGACCCAGAAGUGUGGGAGGAGCCGAUGGAGUUCAGGCCAGAGAGGUUCUUGGGCAAUGGCGAUGGAGAUCAGGAAGUGUUUGAUAUAACGGGGUCUAGAGAGAUAAAGAUGAUGCCGUUUGGUGCAGGGCGAAGAAUCUGCCCUGGUUUGGGUUUGGCGCUGCUUCAUCUGGAGUACUUCCUGGCCAACUUGGUGAGAGAAUUUGAAUGGAAGGCUGUAGAUGAUGUUGACUUGUCGGAGAAACUGGAAUUCACAGUGGUGAUGAAGAAGCCAUUAGAGGCCCAAAUUUUUCCGAGAAGAUAAGAUAUUGUGUACUUACGGUUGGAGCCUGGGGGAGGCCCAUUUACAUAUUUUAAAGUUUAUGAUUGAACGUUGAAACUUGAAAAUAAACGCCUUGGUAAUAAGUAGGGUAGUUAGGCAAUUAUGGCGUUGUAUUAGUUAUUCUAGUCUUUCUAUAGCCAUUACUUUAUUUAUACGCAUAUUAAGAGUUUCAUACUUUUCACGUUGUAUGAUAAAUGCAAAUGGAUUACAUAUUACAAAUAGGGUUUAAAAGUUA